GUCUGCAAAAAAGUGUAAUGCACAAUCGAAUUAAAUCACGAAUGUGGUGGCUUUAAGUUAGUGAAUUUUCAUGUAAUCGGUGUAGUUAAAUUUGUCAGUGGUUUAUGUUUCAUCGGUUUCAUGUACACUGAUUGAUUUCACUACAGAAGUACAAUUUCUUCAUUAACAGUCCGUCGUCAUCUAUCGAUAUGUCUGGCGGUCACAAGCAUCGGUACAAGAACGUAGGGCUCAGCGCUGACGAGUUGAGGCGUCGGAGGGAGGAGGAGGGGGUCCAGCUCAGGAAACAGAAGAGGGAGCAGCAGCUGUUCAAGCGACGGAAUGUUACCCUGCCAGCGGCAAAUGUUCCUGAUAUUGCCUUACAGGAUGACAUCAACAUCUCCCCAUCGGACGACAUAUCCCCCGCGAUGGUGGCGGCGCUCUACAGCGACAACCCGCAGGAGCAAGUGAUGGCCACGCAGAAGUUCCGCAAACUGCUGAGUCGCGAGCCUAACCCGCCUAUAGAUGAAGUUAUACGGACCGGCAUUGUUCCCAAAUUUGUGGAGUUUCUGUCUUGUAGUAAUAACCCUACUUUGCAGUUUGAAGCGGCAUGGGCGCUGACGAACAUCGCGUCGGGGUCCGCGGAGCAGACGCGCAUCGUGGUGGAGAGCGGCGCGGUGGGCGUGCUGGUGGGGCUGGUGGGCUCGGGCGCCAGCGACGACGUGCGCGAGCAGGCCGUGUGGGCGCUCGGCAACGUGGCCGGCGACUCGCCGCGCUGCCGCGACACCGUGCUGGCCGCCGGCGUGCUGCCGCCGCUAGUUGAAAUUUUGAAUAAAUAUACGAGACUAUCAAUGACUAGAAAUGCUGUUUGGACACUGUCAAACCUCUGUAGAGGCAAGAAUCCCCCGACUAACUUCGAAGCUGUUGCACCAGGUAUACCAGUGCUAGCGCGGUUGCUUCACCACACGGAUGCGGACGUUUUGAGCGACGCGUGCUGGGCGCUCUCAUACCUUUCCGACGGGCCCAACGAGAAGAUACAGGCCGUCAUAGACGCCGGCGUGUGUCGGCGACUUGUCGAAUUACUCCAGCACAACAAAUCAACCGUGGUCUCAGCGGCCCUCCGCGCAGUCGGCAACAUAGUGACCGGCGACGACUCCCAAACGCAAACAGUGCUCAACUGCAACCCUCUCGGCUCUCUGCACGCGCUGCUCCGGUCCGGGGCCGAGGCGCUGCGCAAGGAGGCCUGCUGGACCCUGUCUAACAUCACUGCGGGCAACGCAGCACAAAUACAGGCUGUUAUAGACGCAAACAUCUUCCCAACACUAAUAGAAAUUUUAAGGCAAGCCGAGUUCAAAACUAGGAAAGAAGCGGCGUGGGCGAUAACGAACGCCACCAGCGGCGGUAGUCACGCACAGAUAAGGUAUUUAGUCGAACAAGGUUGCAUACCACCACUAUGUGAUUUAUUAACAUUAGCGGAUCCGAAGACAGUGCAAGUAGCACUCAAUGGAAUUGACAAUAUUCUGAAGGCCGGUCAGCAGUCCGACCACCAAGACAAUCCGUAUGCGGUGCUUAUUGAAGAAUGCUUUGGCCUCGACAAAAUCGAAUUCCUGCAAUCGCACGAAAACCUCGAAAUCUACAAGAAGUCGUUCGAGAUAAUCGAGAACUACUUCGGGUCGGAGGAGGAGGACGGUCGGCUGGCGCCGGCCGUGUCGUCCACCACCGACUCGUACCAGUUCAACGCGGAGGGCCUGCCCACGGGCGGGUUCAACUUCUAACCGGGCCCCGACGCUGCUGCCGCUAUACACGCUUAUUGUGC